ACACCUGCCACUAGCUUGCCUAAUCAGCGGGAGAGAGAGGGUGUAAUCAACUGAUCAAUUGCAAUUUGUCUCAUUUCUCAGCUUUAUUUAUGUAAUCCUAAUGUAUUUCACAUAUUAAUCAGAAAGUUCUGAAAAAUUUAUAUGACCUAUUUUUCAUUGAACCACAGUCAGAGAAUAUCCAACAUGUAAGUUCUAAGCUGCAGUAGAGAUAUCUCUCAAGGCUCGAAUAUGAAAUAAUCCAUAUUACGUAAGUCAGAUUAGUAAUAGAAGUGGGAUGAAGUUAAAAACAAAUCUCACAGACCCAUUGUUGGAGGAUAAGUCCUGACAUGACCGGCUUUUCACAAUUACUUUUAGUGUAACCCAGGGGGAAAAUGUGUCACUUCUUCCUGGUAUAGAGGUGAACAUGAGUGGUCCCAGAAGUUCCAUGUGCGAUACAUUGCAGUACUAAUUAAAACUAACCUGGGAAGCAAUAUUUGAAAAACAUUGGCAUAUUUGCUUCAAAAUUUCAGACUAUCAUUAAAUCCUUACAGUUGGAUUUGUAAUAGCAACGACUGCUUCACAGCUUAGAAGUAUAUUGACUUGGGACACUUUAGUAUGAUUGGUGAAGUGUGAACACGUGUGAACCAGUCUCUGGCCGUCUUGAAAACGGUGGUUUGGGUUUGCUUCAGCUGCUUGAGCUGGUCCACAUUAGUUGUGGAAGCUAUUCAUAGUCGGCGCUGCAUGCAGAAUAGCAUAAAUUGUUCAACUUGUCACGUUACUUCCUGUUUCUACUUUCCUGAUGCUGGGGAAAGGUUACUAUGGUUAUUGAUAUAUAAAAUCGGACUUCAUAAGACCGGAGCACUGUAAUUAGCUCACCUUUGUGGUGCAAUGAGACAUAGUGCCGGUCUGCAUGGCUUAAAACAAGAUUAGCUCCUCGUUUGCAGUAUUUCUGAACGAUGACAUGUCGCGCAUCCAAAAAAGCGCUGUUAUCGUCACUUGAGUGUUUAUACUACAGGAAAAUGGAUGCAAAAAGAUCAACCUAGUGCCUGAAAUUUUGCAAACCUGUGUGAACAGAAGUAAUGUAUGGAAUUGUGCAAUCGCUCUAUAGUUCAGAAGGAUUUCUUCUAUGUGAACUUUUGAGCCCCUCCCCCAAACAAGCCCAGAAUCUGUCCUGGGUGCGGACUCAAGUAUUCGAACCAAGUGUAAAAAUGCCCUUAGAGACCCGAGGACGUUCCUGGCAAAGUGUGUGUGGAAAAGUGAGGCCAUUAAUAAUAAUUUUAAAAAAACAACCUUCAGAACCAAUAAGAGCCAUUGUGACUACACACUCAAUCUUCAUCAACCAUAUUUCAGACAUAACAAAGCAGUCUCUCUCUCUCACAUCUACAAAAAGUGUGGAGUUGGAAGAGACCAUCCCCCAUUUCUCGUUGUUCGUUUCCAGAUGUGGUGUCUGGAGAGCCAGAGCCAAUAUAAACAGGCCUGUUUGCCCCUAUCAGUCGGCUGGAAUCAGACACUAAACUCAUUUCCUGACUGAGUCAUCGGAGGGACAGUGAGGGGAUCAGAAACAGGACAUCUUCAGUAAAGCACACGUGACCCCCUGCAAGCACGAGUCCAUGGUUAAAGCAGGUCAUUGGAAAGUUGCUUGUAAGACGAGCUGGUAAUAACAGAGCUCAAGCCUUCCAGAGAUCAAAUAUGCUUUAGCUCUUCAAUUAGACCCAGACGUUGGCUGAAACUUUAUGGAGAAAUGUUCUGUCUGGUUAACAAUCGUUUCAAAGUUUCCACUUCAGUCUCCACAGCAUCAAGGAGCUGUUUGCUUAGCAAGAUGAUGAUCUGUUUGUUUGUCCUUAUGUGAAGGCUUUUGGGAGUAUGCAUUAUGAUUCAGCUGGCACGAUUGGAUUUAAAAUGGCCCUGAGGCAUCAGAACAUGCAGAGGAGAACACGUGGCAGUCCAUGAGACAGAAGACGGGCUAGAUACACUAUUAGUAUUGAAGCAGGAAAUUAGUGAGAGGGAGAUGAAUAGGAGAAAUGCAGUGUAACCCCUGUCAGGUACUAAUUAAAGUAGGACAAGUAAGCACUGUUCUCAAAACGACAUAAAUCUGUGGGAUUUGUGAAUGAACCCGUGCACAUCUGGUUUGGAUGUUUAUUUGUUUUUCUGGGAUUCAAAGAGGAAGCUUUUGUUUUUAAUAUAUUUUUUUCUAAAUUGUGUACAGACAGUAAAUUGGCUUCAUGCCUACUUUGGAAGAUGAAGUGAAGUCUUUUAUUGUGGAGUGGAUGGAUUUUAUUGUGCAAAUACAAAGUAUAAAAGGAGAAAUUUAAGAUGCAUUUAGGCAUGCUGCUUGGGAUGCAAGAUGUACUGGUGGUGUUAUUUAAAAUCACACCAUGGCCAAAACAUCAGACUAUUAAAUUAGAUAAAGCAGAUAUGACUGGAACAGUCAUUAGAAACUGUAAUAGGUUACAUUUCUAGAAAAAUGCAGGCUCCUUGAAUGCUAUGGCAUCCUAUUCAGUGAUACUUAUUGAGACAUUGUUAUUAAGAACAGAAACUCGAGAUUGUCUUUGAGAUUUGUUUUGUGGGUUUUUUUUCUUCUUCAGUUUGGGUAAAAACAGGACAUUUUCCAUUGUAGAUGACUUGUACAGACUAAUGAGCUGUGCACUCUUAUUUAUGAGGAAGUGAAUAUGACAUUUUUCCAUUGAGCCUCCUGUCUUUUCGUGAGUUACACUACGGAUCAAAAGGACACACGUGAUUUUGCAGGGUUUUAUGGUAAUGUCCUAUGAAAUAUCACAUAGGAAAUUAAGCAGGGAGCAAGAAAAGUGUGAAAUUAAUCCAAAGUAUUUUGUCUUUUAAAUUCUUAAUAGUAUUUCCAAUGGAAACUGUACACAAUCUUGGCAGCUUCAUGAUGGAGUUUUACCUGAAUGGCUUUUCUUAAAGUUCUCGAAUAGGCAGAGCUCAUUAUUGCGUCUCCAAUGAAGAACAUUUUAAUUUUAUCCUUAUUUUAUUCGUUUUUUAAGUCAGAACUACUCAUUAGAUUUACAUUUUGAGUCAGCGUUUUUUUUUUUUACAUGGGUGUUAACUUCACUGGUGACAUUUGCCAUAACCAUUUCAACAAUAAGCCUUCAUCAGAGUACGGAUUAGCAGCAACACAAGUCCCAACAGCAACCGAGCCUGAAAGUAUAGAGCCAAUAAAGAUACAGAGUCUGCAGUUCCACAUUGUGUGCGUAGUGUAGUGUAACUAAAAUUUAUAUUUGUGCCUUUAAGUGUUCUUUGAUGACUAGCUCGUGGCUCAUCAAGAAUCCUGAGUGCGUUUUUCUUCCCCAGUUUGUUUUGGCAUUUUUUUUCUGCAUCACGAGUUGGACUUGACUGUAGGCCACGUUUCCUCAAGGCAGCAGAUAGAUAGACCGGUUUAACCUGAAUGCCUGCUUAUUGUAGGUAUGCAAACAAUGCCCUCGGAGUUUCAGAGUCUCUGUGCAAACACAGGCGGGUUGUCAGGGAGUUUUUUUGGGGGGUAAAAUUUUUUUAUCUGGCUGCCAAAGUUCGCAUUCGUACAAGAAAACGGUGCACGUAUCUACCAUGCAGUACAAGGAAAGCGAGACAUGGAUAGGCAGCCACGUACCUGAGGAUCUGUCCUUAGAUGAGAGGGAUGAGCUGACAAACAUACGGCGCAGGAAAAAAGAACUACUGGAUGACAUUGAGCGGUUGAAGUUUGAGAUUGCAGAAGUGAUGACGGAAAUCGAGCAGCUCACCUGCGUGGGAGAGAGCAAAACCACACAGAGAAACAAACAGAUUGCCAUGGGAAGAAAGAAAUUCAACAUGGAUCCCAAAAAGGGGAUCCAAUUUCUCUUGGAGAAUGACCUCCUGCAACACACUCCUGAAGAUAUAGCCCAAUUCCUCUACAAAGGGGAGGGUCUAAACAAAACAGUCAUUGGGGAUUACUUAGGGGAACGGGAUGACUUCAACAUUAAAGUGCUCCAGGCCUUCGUGGAGCUCCAUGAAUUCGCAGACCUCAAUCUUGUCCAGGCGUUACGGCAAUUUCUGUGGAGCUUCAGGCUGCCGGGCGAGGCGCAGAAGAUCGAUAGAAUGAUGGAGGCCUUCGCUUCCCGGUACUGUCAGUGUAACCCAGGAGUCUUCCAAUCCACAGACACGUGUUAUGUCUUGUCCUUUGCGAUCAUCAUGCUGAACACCAGCCUUCACAACCCCAAUGUCAGGGACAAGCCUGCUGUGGAGCGCUUUAUCUCCAUGAACAGGGGAAUCAAUGAGGGAGGAGACCUACCAGAGGAGCUGCUCAGGAACUUGUAUGAGAGCAUUAAAAGUGAGCCCUUCAAGAUCCCGGAGGAUGAUGGCAACGACCUGACCCACACAUUUUUCAACCCCGACAGAGAAGGCUGGCUGCUUAAGCUAGGAGGAAGAGUGAAAACCUGGAAAAGGAGGUGGUUCAUUUUAACCGACAACUGCCUAUACUACUUUGAGUACACAACGGACAAAGAGCCCCGGGGAAUCAUCCCUCUGGAGAACCUCAGUAUCAGAGAGGUGGAUGAGCCCAGGAAGCCGAACUGUUUUGAACUCUACAACCCCAGCCACAAGGGUCAGGUGAUCAAAGCGUGUAAGACUGAGGCCGAUGGCCGGGUGGUGGAAGGGAACCAUGUGGUCUACAGGAUAUCGGCCCCCACACCAGAGGAGAAAGAGGAGUGGAUCAAAUCUAUAAAAGCCAGCAUCAGCAGGGAUCCCUUCUACGACAUGCUGGCUACCAGGAAACGCCGCAUCGCCAACAAGAAGUGAUGAGUGUCUCAUUGCCUUAUGUGAGGCCUUGUGACAUCAUCAACGUAGGACUGUGUCAUGGAGGCUGAUUCGCCUCAAUUUAAACUCAUCGUCCCUUAUUUCGGUCUGUUUUCCCUCCAUGUAUCAGAGCAAAACGUGGGCGCUGUUGUUUACCCUGCACUUGCAUGGAGGUCAGCGCGCGCACACAGAGUACAGAGGAUUACGGAUUGACGGGAUUCAACCACGAAAUUCCGGUGUGUUCGGACCUCAUUCUCUCCCCAGUCACUAAAGCAACACUUUGCUCAUGUGAUGAGUAAGAACGGAAAGCUGGAGCCAGUUAGGAUUACGGAAAUGAACUGGCGCCCAGUAGCUGAUAUAUUUAUCAUCAAGUAAAUUUAAGCUCUUAACGUAAGGUAUUUCUUUAAUGACCAAUGAGAGCUAUAGCGUACUCCAAUCAUCCACACAUUAUAUUCUACAUUGCCAUUUCAUUGCAGCUCUAAAUGACAUAGACUAUUAUCUCACUAUGGUGCUGAACGAGUUUUUGUCUGUGCAAUUAGUUCAAGAGAAACAGCAUAUAAAGCUUGAAAUGUUUCAAAUAUAAAUGUGGGAAUGCAAUUGAACACUAUGUGGCAGUGUUAAGUCAGCUGGACUGAUUUCUUUAAUUUGUUGACAGAGUACUAGAGAAAAUACAAGUAUGUUUUUGCAUCCUUUUAGCUUUCUUUGUAAAUGGGCUGGUGCCAGUGAAUUUAAACUUUGUGUUUAGUCGUUAGAAAUGAGGGUUAAGAGAGACCACAGGGCUAAGACCUGCAUUACGGAAAUGUGUGACUGAAGUUAUUAAGACACUAAUGUAACACAGAUGUCUGUUUUAUGGAGUUUUCUAUUGUUUUCACCCCCGGGGGCCUUGAGCCACAUGUAUCACUCUACUCAGUGUACAAGUGCUGAUCUGGGAUCAGUCUUCACUCUUGCUUAUGACUAUAUGGACAAGAGUGAUCCUAGAUCAGUUCUUUACUCUGAGACACUUGAUGUAGAGGUUUGACAAUGUAUUGAUGUGUUGUGAAUGUUUAUCUCUGUUAAAAGCUAACAUUUUGCUUGCCUUUAUGUUCCCUUUACAAACACAAGUGAAUAUCUUUUUAUAUUUAUUUUCUCUGUGAAAUGUUCGACAUGUAAUUGCUGAUACUAUGGACUUAAGUUAUGUGUAAAUACUGUAAACAGUUGUAUUCUUUGUGUAUGAGUUACUGCAUAUAAAUCACAACAGCUAUGGUUUGGGAAACUCCUUUUGGCAGCUUUAUAUUGCCAUCAUGUCGUGAUUCAGAAUUAUUAUGAUGAUGAUGUUUCUUAUUAUUAUUAUUAAAUGUUACUUUAUAUGUAUUUGUAAAAUAAGAGCUCUAGCCCAGGGUGGAAUAUUAUCUUCAGCUGCCUUGUGAAGCUGUACAUUAAUUUUUAUAUGACUGUAAAAGCUAUUGGUCAUUACCAUAAAACAUUCAUAAAGCUUUAACCCUGAA